AUGAAGGGUCUCCUCCUAGUGGAUGUGGCGUCUCGUUCCGUUCGUUUAAUCUCCAAUUCCUCUAAUGGAAUUCCAUUCAGAAUAACCGACAACGCUGAUGUGGCGAGCGAUGGAACCAUCUACUUCUCAGAUGCUUCCUCGCACUUUCCCGUCUCACAUUUCUUCCUCGACAUUCUGGAACAGAGGCCCCACGGCCGCCUGCUGAGGAUCAACCCAGACGAGCAGAAAGCAGAGCUGGCAGAAGAGCCACGUCAUGGAGAGGAUGAGCAUGCCACGUCAGCAGGGACUGCCAGCGAAGCGGGGCCUCUGGAGGCUGAGGCGCUUCUUGAUGGGCUGUACUUUGCGAAUGGGGUGGCGCUGUCACAAAAUGAGGACUUCGUUGUGGUGGCUGAAACUAGCAGGUAUCGCCUGACCCGCUAUUGGCUCAAAGGACCGAAAGCGGGCACGUCGGAAAUAUUUCUGGACAACCUGCCCGGGUCUCCGGACAAUGUCAACAGCAACGGGAAGGGCCUCUUCUGGGUGUGCCUUGUGAUUCCUCGGCAACCAGUUAUGGACCUUAUCCAUCCCUUCCCGCUCCUGAAGGCUCUCAUUGGUCUGUUGCCUCUCAAGUACCUCCAGGCACCCUUCCUCGCUCCCAUGAUGCGCCAUGCUGGCGCUGUGCUAGAGGUGAAUGAAGACGGGCAAGUUGUGAAAUUCCUUAAUGACCCAACAGCGAAACAUGUUGGAGGGUUUACAAGUGCCCGCGAGGUUGAUGGCGGAAAGGAGCUGGUGUUUGGCAGCCUCUUGAACAAUUUCAUUGGUAGAGUGGCUGUGGAAUGA